AUGUCUGCGCCUGGAAUGAAAUAUGGCCUCAACGUAAAGAAGAAGGCGCCCGCCGCGCCUGCACGUAAAACCAUUCUCGACGAUGAAGACGAUGGGCCCGACGACGAGGUGCCUGAGAAUGCCGCAGAGGAGAUCACUUCCUUUGGCAACGGCGCUUCAUCAAAACCUGCACCAGGCCUUAUCAACAGACCCAAGCUGAAGAGCAAGGGCGACGAAGAGUCAAGACAAGAUGCUUCGGCCCUUGCAGCUGCAAAAGCACGGGUGAAAGCGGCCGAAGAAUUGGAUGCCUCCAUCUUCGACUAUGAUUCCUUCCAUGAUGCGAAAACUUCCGUCACGGAGUCCAAAAAGGCAGCUGCGCGCCAGGAAGCCUUGGAACGCAAACCAAAAUACAUCAACAAUCUGCUCGAUGCUGCGGCGAGGCGAAAGCAAGAUCAGCAAGUAGCUAAGGAGAAGAUGCUGCAGCGGGAACGUGAAGCCGAGGGCGAUGAGUUUGCGGAUAAAGAGAAGUUCGUGACGGAUGCCUAUAAGCAGCAGCAAGAAGAGAAUAAGCGAUUAGAAGAGGAGGAGAGGAAGAAAGCCGAGGAAGAAGAGGAGAGGAAGAGGAAGACUGGCGGUGGCAUGCAGGGUUUCUACAAGAGUAUGAUGGACCAAACGGAGCGUCAGCACCAAGAAGCACUCGAGGCAGCUGCCAAGGCAGAGAAAGAGGGCGUGCACGUGGAAGAAUCAGAAAAGAAGAAGAGUGAUGCUGAACUGGCCGCCGAGAUGCGAGCAAAGGGCGUCAACGUGCAAAUUAACGAGGAGGGCCAGAUCGUGGACAAGCGAGACUUGUUGCAAGGCGGGCUCAACUUCGCUCCUUCAGGCAGGUCUUCCGGCAAGCAAGGCGCAGAGCAUCUCAAGGCUUCAAAUCGCUCCGCACAGUCUGCAUUCCAGCCGCGCAACAACGCGGGUCAGCAAGCUUCCCGUGAACGACAGAGUCGCAUGAUGGAGGAGCAGCUCGCUGCGCAGGCUAAGCGUGCGCGAGAGGAAGAAGAGGAAGAGCGUGCUCGAUUGGAAAAAGCCGCGAAAUCCACGAAGACCGAAAGGGAUGUCAGCGAUGCGAAAGCACGAUAUCUGGCGAGAAAGGCUGCCAAAGAGCGCGGCGAAGGCUGA